AACAGUUGAGAGGGAGGGCGGCGAGUCCGGAAUAUGACUUCCGCUCGGCCGCCGGGUGUUUCCUCAUCAACCUCAAUCAAUUCUUCGUCUUCGUCUUCGUUUUCGUCGUCGUCAGUAUCUCCUCCUCCAUUGAAGUCGCCGGACGCUUCCCCACCUCCGACCGCUAGCCCAACACCGCCCGAUAAAUCACCGCCCUCGCCUCCUUCAUCCUCGAAAGACUCCUCGCCAUCGCUGGAGUCAGACGAUGGCUCUUCUUCAGUUCCCUCGCCAUCUCCACUGCCCACCUCGCUGCGGCGGCCCUCUCGGACAUCGUCGUCGCCGGUCACUCCCUACUCCAAGUCGUUGGUGCAUGCUGAUUCCACGAAUGAUUCAGGGGGGUCAACACCGGCAGACUCAUUCUCCAAGUCAAGUGAAGUUCACCAUUCUGAUAUGAACUUGCCGCUUAUCAUCGGAGUGGCGGCAGGCUUAGGGCUAUUCUUUGUCCUCAUGGUAAUUGCAUGCGUCUGUUGCUCCACGAAGAAGAAGAAGAAGGACAAGGACAAGGGCCACAACGCUAUGCAGUACUAUUCCGAUCCUUCGGGAUACAAAGACAGCGACUAUUACGGCGGUGGACCGCCCCAAAAGUGGCACAACGAAGGCCAUGACGUGAAGGUACCACCACCUCCGGGACCCUUGCACGGAGGAGGGUGGCAUGCUCACCAUCCUCCGCCCAUGAUGAACAGCGAAGACGCAACCUCAGCCUACUCAGCGCCUCAUGGUCCUCCACUGCCACCCCCCUCCCCUGUCAUCGCCCUCGCCUUCAACAAGAGCACCUUCUGCUACGAAGAGCUCGCGACUGCUACCAACGGGUUCUCGCAUGCUAACCUGUUGGGGCAGGGAGGAUUUGGGUACGUGCACAAAGGAGUUCUCCCCAAUGGGAAGGAGAUCGCAGUAAAGCAACUCAAGUCGGGGAGCGGACAGGGAGAGCGGGAGUUCCAGGCUGAGGUCGACAUCAUUAGCCGCGUUCACCAUCGCCACCUCGUGUCCCUCGUCGGAUACUGCAUCUCUGGUUCACAGAGAAUGCUGGUGUACGAGUUCGUCCCCAACAAGACUCUCGAGUACCACCUCCAUGGAAAAGGACUCUCGGCGAUGGAUUGGUCGACCAGACUCAAAAUUGCGUUAGGAUCAGCCAGAGGACUCGCUUACCUGCAUGAGGACUGUCACCCUCGAAUCAUUCACCGUGACAUCAAGUCUGCCAACAUCCUCCUGGAUUUAAAAUUCGAAGCCAUGGUGGCAGAUUUCGGGUUGGCCAAACUGUCGUCCGACAACCACACUCAUGUUUCCACACGUGUUAUGGGAACGUUCGGGUAUUUGGCUCCUGAGUACGCAUCGAGCGGGAAGCUGACAGAGAAAUCUGAUGUCUUUUCCUAUGGAGUGAUGCUUCUGGAGCUGAUAACAGGACGACGACCGGUCGAUACACACACAUUCAUGGAAGAUAGCUUGGUGGACUGGGCAAGGCCUGUGUUGUCGCGUGCUUUGGCUGACGGAGACUACGAUGAGAUAGCUGAUCCACGCUUAGAUGGCAACUACGAUCCCAUGGAGAUGGCACGCAUGGUGGCUUGUGCCGCUGCCAGCGUUCGCCACUCUGCGAGAAGACGACCGAAGAUGAGCCAGAUUGUGAGAGCAUUGGAAGGCGACGUAUCGCUGGAAGACUUGAACGAGGGGAUGAGGCCCGGGCAGAGCAUGCUCUUCGGCUCAGGCUCCGACUAUGAAUCGAACUCGUACACCUCCAGCAUGAACCGUCUCAGAAAGGUUAUGAUCGCAAGCCCUGAAUACAGUGAUGGGUACGACGGACCGAUCACAGAAUUCGAGCAUUGCCAUUCUGCAUCCAGCAGCGGAGGAUUCUCCGGCGACUUGAAUCCUAUCGGAAAACAAAGGCAUUUUUGA